UUGGCCCUUUCUGCCUUUCGGCUCGUUUUAUCGCCCCUGCCAUCUUUCUCUGCGUAUACAAACAAAUCUCUCUCUCUCAUGGCGUCUCAGGGCAAAAACCGCCUCUCCAAACACAAACCAAACAACAGCAAUGACGACGACGGCAUCCUAUCCAGAAUCUCAACCGGAGUCUCAAACUCGCCCGUUCUGUACAGCGGCAAGAAAGUGGCGUCGAACGCCGCCUGCGCAGCGAAGCGCCUCCUGAAAAGCACCGGAAAGGCAGCGUGGAUCGCUGGCACCACCUUCCUCAUCCUCGUUGUUCCCCUGAUCAUCGAGAUGGACCGGGAGCAGCAGAUUAAUGAGCUGGAGUUGCAGCAAGCUAGCCUCCUCGGCGGCGGCGGCGCCGUGGCUGUAAAGUGAGGUGGUGUUGACUGGGGGAGGUUCGGAAUGAGAGGAGAUUAGGGUUGGGGUUAAGUUCAUUUCUGAGGUUUGUUUUAUUUGUUUUUAUUUGGAUGUUCAUGGUGGUGGAUGAAUGUACUCACGAAUUUGGUUGCUUUAUUUGCCUCUUCGGCUUUUCACUUUUUCUUUCUUUUAUUACUCAUAUGUUAUGCGCAUCUUAAUUAAUCUUGUGAUCAAUUCUACUGUUUAUUAACAGUGGCCUAAUUAAAAUCAAAA